GACCCUUAAGUCAAGGUAAUAGUUAAAUCCUAACUAGAAAACCGAGAAAAAUCAGUAAAUCCGGGUUAGAAAUGUUUUCUUAUUUUGAAACAGAAUAACGUUGCUGCUGUGUUCUCUCUUUACGAGUGCGUACUUUCACUGUUCCUAGUGAGAAACGGACUCUGAUGGCUUCCGCACCUGCUUCUCAGCCUUCUAAAAAAACGGUGGCCUCUCACGUCCCUUUUGCCGACCUGUGCUCUACUCUGGAGCGAAUACAGACGUGUAAGUCUCGUCCGGAGAAAACCAAGUAUUUCAAGGAUUUCCUGGAUUCCUGGAGAAAAUUCCAUGAUGCUCUUCAUCAAAAAGAGAAAGACGUCACGGAUUCUUUUUACCCAGCGAUGCGACUUAUUCUUCCACAGUUGGAAAGAGAAAGGAUGGCGUAUGGAAUUAAAGAGACUAUGCUUGCGAAGCUGUAUAUUGAACUGCUUAAUUUACCGAAAGGUGGGAAAGAUGCUGCAAAGCUUUUAAAUUACAGGACGCCUGCUGGCUCACGUGGAGAAGCUGGAGAUUUUGCAAUGAUUGCAUACUUUGUGUUAAAGCCUCGGAGCCCGAAACAAGGCAGGCUGACAAUAGAGCAAGUCAAUGAACACUUAGAUGCGAUAGCAAAUAACAACGCUGCUAAAAACAAGGGUCUGUUGAAGAAAAGCCUUCUUCAGUUGAUUACCCAGAGCACAGCACUGGAACAAAAAUGGCUCAUUCGGAUGAUUAUAAAGGAUCUAAAGCUUGGUGUUAGUCAACAAACUAUAUUUUCCAUUUUUCAUCCUGAUGCUGCUGAAUUACACAACGUCACAACUGAUCUGGAAAAAGUUUGCAGGCAACUGCACGAUCCCUCUGUCUCUCUUAGCGAUGUUUCUAUCACGUUGUUUUCUGCCUUUAAACCAAUGCUCGCUGCUAUUGCUGACGUCCAGCAAAUUGAGAAACAAAUGAAUAACCAGAUGUUCUACAUAGAAACUAAGCUGGAUGGUGAACGUAUGCAGAUGCACAAAGAUGGAGACGUGUAUAAAUAUUUUUCCCGAAAUGGAUUUGACUAUACUCAGCAGUUUGGGCCUUCCCCUCUUGAUGGUUCGUUAACGCCAUUCGUCCAUGGCGUAUUUAAGAGCAAUAUACAAAAUUGCAUUCUCGAUGGGGAAAUGAUGGCUUACAAUCCCGAGACGCAAACCUUUAUGCAGAAAGGAAACAGAUUUGACAUAAAAAGAAUGGUGGAGGACUCUGAUCUGCAGACAUGCUUCUGUGUGUUUGAUGUAUUGAUGGUUAACGAUCAGAAGUUGGGUCACGAAGUACUAAGCAGAAGGUACGAAAUCUUAAGCAGCGUAUUUACCCCGAUAACAGGCAGGAUGCAUGUUGUACAGAAAAAGAGUGCCAGAACGAGAAAAGAAGUAAUUGAUGCUUUAAAUGAAGCAAUAGAUAACAGAGAGGAAGGGAUUAUGGUGAAAGAUCCCACGUCCACCUACAAGCCUGACAAACGUGGGGAAGGCUGGUUAAAAAUCAAGCCAGAAUACGUCAAUGGGCUGAUGGAUGAACUAGACCUUUUAAUUGUUGGUGGUUACUGGGGAAAGGGCUCACGUGGUGGAAUGAUGUCUCAUUUUCUGUGCGCUAUUGCAGAGACGCCCCCUCCAAAUGAAAAACCGACUGUUUUCCACUCUAUUUGCCGUGUUGGCUCUGGCUAUACUAUGAAGGAAUUGUAUGAUUUAGGUUUGAAGCUGGCUAAGCACUGGAAGCCCUACAAUAGGAAGGAUCCUCCCUGUAACAUUUUGUGUGGAACUGAAAAACCUGAAAUGUACAUUGAACCUUGCAACUCUGUCAUAGUUCAGAUCAAGGCAGCCGAGAUUGUUAACAGUGAUAUGUACAAAACGGACUGUACUUUGAGAUUCCCCCGAAUUGAGAAGAUAAGAGAGGACAAAGAAUGGCAUGAGUGCAUGACUUUAGACAUGUUAGAAGAUCUCAGAAGCAAAGCGGAAGGGAAGCUGGCAUCUAAGCACCUUCACAUAGAUGAGUAUGAUGAGCCACAAGAGAAAAAAAGGAAAACUGUAUCAAAGGUGAAGAAGAUAAUUGGAAUAGCUGAGCAAUUUAAAGCUCCCGAUCUUUCUAAUGUAAGCAAGGUUUCAAAUGUGUUUGAAGAUGUUGAGUUUUGUGUUAUGACAGGAAUGGGAAAAUGCUCGAAGUCGGAACUGGAAAGCAAAAUAGCUGAAUGUGGCGGCAGCGUGGUACAGAACCCAGGGCCGGAGACUUACUGUGUCAUUGUAGGAGCUGAGAACGUCCGAGUGAAAAACAUCAUUGCUUCCAACAAGUAUGACGUGGUGAGGGCAGAGUGGCUCCUUCAGUGUUUUCAAACCAAGAUGCUGGUGCCUUGGCAGCCAGCCUUUAUGAUUCACAUGUCUCCUGACACGAAAGAACAUUUUGCUCGUCAGUACGAUUGCUAUGGAGACAGCUACACAGCAGACACGGACGUUGCACAACUCAAGGAAGUGUUCUCGAGAAUGAAGGACAAUACGGUGAUGCCUUUGGACACGAUUGCAGAGUUAGAAGAACGUUAUUCAUGGAACGCUUGUCAGCUCAGUAUGUUCAGAGGAAACACUGUUUAUGUGGACUGUUACGCUGUUGUUAAUGAGCCCAGAACCAAAAUCCAUGGAACAACACUAUCAAUUAGAGCUUUGGAGCUCCGUUUUUAUGGUGCAAAAGUAGUCCCUCUCCUUGAAGAGGGCAUCUCCCAUGUUGUUAUAGGAGAAGAUCAUUCGCGGGUAAAAGAGGUGAAAGCACUCAGGAGAACAUUUAGGAAAAAAUUUAAAAUUGUAUCUGAGCUGUGGGUAACGGAGUCAGUGGAGGAAGGAGUCCCAAAGAAUGAAAAUCAGUACUUAAUUUAAAGUUGUUUUUAAGCUUGGGGCAGAAGUGUUCUUGUUGGCAUGACUGGACUUGGAUAUUAUGAGGUUGCCUUAAUUUUUUGGUAUGUUUCCAUGUGUGUUUAAAGCUAGCUCUGGCUAAAGAAUAACACUGUAUUGUUGAAAUUAGAGAAGGUUUUUAAUUAUACCGUUGCAGAAGCAAGAGGAUGCUAAGCUAUGUCAGAGGAGGAAAAAAAAAACAAACCUACCACCAGAUAAAUGAUGUAAGCCUUUUACUUCACAGACAGGUCUCAGGAGAGAUCUAAUAUUUUACAUAAGAGAAUUGCUAGCUAUUAAUAGUGCUGCCUCCAUUGUUCAAAAUGGAGACAAUCAUUUACUAUUUUAUGGAGAUUCUACUAUUUAACAUAUUGUUUAUUUAUCAAUUUACAAUUGUAUUCAUGUUUCUGUAGGAUUGUUUUGUGUAUAUCCCAUAUGCUACAGAAUUCAGUAAUUUAUAAACCUUAUCUGUACUAUUUUAAUUUAUUUACAUUGGUUUUAGCAGAGCCCCACACAGCCUCAGUAGCACUUUGGGUUUAGGGUAUUGCAAUGAUCCUGUGUUUCUUUGUAUAAAUAGCCAUUGGAAAAUAGAACCUAAACUUCUGAUUGAGGUGCUAAUAAAUUAAGAAUGACCUACAUAUUUGUAAAGUGCAAAUCAACUACUUAAACUGUAAUGGUCUCCUGUGCUCGUUACAGUUAAAACACGAAGUGCAACGGAGCUAGGCUUUUACACUUCUCAGUUUUAUCUUCCAAAAAAUCUUUCAUAAGCUGUUUCAGUAAUGUGAGAUUAAUUUCCAAAUACCCAGUUCAACGCAUAUUUUUUCAAUUCCUAAAUAAAAUAUAUUAAAAUAUUUUUAAAGUCUGCCUGGUAUGGUUUUUUUAGCGAGAGAGAACUCUCUUGAAAACCGCAAAACAGUUUCUGAUUUUGCUCUGUGAGAUAAUUUAUACAUUGAUUUUGAGGGGAGAAAGGUUCAGGCCCCAGUUCUUGUUACGUCAAUGCUGGCAUCAAACAGAACGGCUCCUGGGCUGACGGCGCAGAACCAGAUUUUGGCUGACCUAUCUUUUCAGUGAUUUUUUGUGGUCAUGUUCAUAUAAAAAAUACUGUAAAAAGAAUUGGGAAAUGUUAUAUGAAAGUCUAACUGGAAGGAAGUUUAUUCUUAUCUUCUGUAGGUAGGGUUAGCAUUGGGAGCUCCCUUAUUAUUUGAAAUAUACUAAACAGGUAAAAUGUAAUAACCGCUUUUCUCAAGCCACAAUAUAAAUUGUUAAAAAGCAGAAUAUUUUUUGUAUACAUAAAAUAGUGUAUACUGAAAGACAGUGCAUUAUUUUUCCUCUAAUAAUUCAAGUAGAAAAUUGAUGUAUGUGAAAUAUAUCAUACGUCAGUUUUAACUUACUGGGCUGCUUCUGUGUAAUGUCAUAUAUUCUGAUUUACAAACAGAAAAUUAAAAGAGCAUUUGUCUUCAUACCCACGCAGUUUCUCAUUAAAUGGGUUUUAGUAAAACACAUGUUUUAGGUGAUCCUGGUUAGGAAAGUUAAGAGGAAAAAAAGGCAAAUGCAAAUUACAGCUGACUCUUGAGACAUUGUUAAAUAUCUCACUUUGAGAUCUCAAUGUUCUUUUCAGAGAUGUAUUUAAAAAGUAUUAAUUCCAGGUUGUCUUUUUGUGCUCUCAAAGCUAUGCAAGGCUGUGGAAUCUCAAACUAGUAGCUUACCAGCAAAAUUGUCGCUCUUUUUACUGACUCCUCAGUAGACAGUGUACUGAAGGUUUAUUUUUACAUUU